CUUAUAACGGGCACCGUAAUAUCCUCCUCCUCCUCCUCCCGAUAGCCCAGAAACCAUCGAGAAAGCACCCAUUUACCUGGAAGGUUCAAGCAUCGAAGUGGCUACACGGCGCAUCCUGAGGAUAGCCCGGUCACCGAUAUGGCACGACGGCCCACUGAGAGACCAUGUACUCAAGCUCGCGGAGCUCGCGCGUAACCUUCCUCUUCUGAACCCUCGAUGAUCCAGGAGUUGGAACUGACUGAGACUCGAGCCAUAAUCCGUGACAUGCGCGAGAUCGCCGAGACAUUCGAGCACGAGAUCCGGGAACUUCGACGGACGCACACCGGACUAUCCGAUCCAUACCUCUCUAGGGAGCAACAGUGGGUGCUGGCGGAUCGGAUCCAACCGAUGAUUGCCCUGCUGGAAACUCAACGCCCCCAUGUGCCGCAAACCGCCAACCAAGUCUUUCGCACGGAGGCGUUGCUCCAUUUCUCACUGGGCCUACCAUUUUCACUCUGUUGGCAGAUACUCGACCUCGCGGAGUAUUGGGUACAGAUCGUUGACCACGUCGAACAUGCGAGACUGCUCGGCUCGCAUGAACCUGAUACCUGGGCUGUGCCGUUGAGCAUCCCGGCAGAGGGCUUCAAGUCUCUGCGAAAAGUGGUCGUCGCAGUUGCUGGAAAUAAAAAGAUGAACCGUGAGGUCUACAUGGAUAUGGAAUGGGAAUCAUUCGAGAUUCAGACAGGCGGCGACCUACCCUCCAGGAGCGUCACCUUCGUCAACCAUUAUGAUUCCUUGGAGCGGGACAUCCCGCCUAUCCAUGUCUUCCGCUGGGACUAUGGAGUCAGUAUGGGCGAUGUCGAGGACGACAAGAACACGCAGCAGGUCCUACGAGGCUUCCGCCCGAAUGACCAUUUCACCGUCUCGAUCACGGCACCGGGUCAUAGAGGCUGGUGGGAUCAUGUGGUGAUGCUGCGCACAGAGCUGUAUUACUCAUGUGUAUAG